CACAACCCAACGCCGGCCCGCCAAGACUACGGACGAACGUUCGUCCAUCCACCACGGCCCUCGGAGGGCACACGACGCUGACGCUGGAUCCGACGGAGUCGGGUGAUAUAGAUUGAUUGGUUACUGUUUCACAAGUUCACAACUUGUUUCGAUGCUUAAAAGUUCGUAAAGCGAAAUAAUUGCACCUAAUAGAUAAACUAAUUAGCAACAUGUGGCUUGGGCAAAAAACAUUAGUACAAAGGAUAGGGAAUCUUUUGCCAAAAAACCAAACAAUAUUGUCAAAAUUUUUGCCAGGAACAGGAGCCCCUUGGCAGCAACCGGAACACACCGGCUUUUGAGCCUCUAUCAACGGUAUCGAUUAAUCACCCUUAUCGUCUUUGGUUCCUUCUGCUUGCUUCUCUUGCUGGUUCGUCGGUCGGUGGAGUUUGAGCCUGCGCCAUGGCUGUCGGCGGGAGAGGGAGACGGCCGCUGCUCCUGCUCCUGCUCCUCCUCGCCGUGGCGCUGGCGCUGGCGGCGCGCGCGCGGGCGCAGCUGUCGCCGGGGUUCUACUCGGCGAGCUGCCCCACCGUGCACGGCGUCGUGCGGCAGGUCAUGUCGCAGGCCGUCAUGAACGACACGCGCGCCGGCGCCGCCGUCCUCCGCCUCUUCUACCACGACUGCUUCGUCGGCGGCUGCGACGCGUCGGUGCUCCUCGACGACACCCCCGCGGCGCCCGGCGAGAAGGGCGUCGGCCCCAACGCCGUCGGCUCGACGACCGUCUUCGACCUCGUCGACACCAUCAAGGCCCAGGUCGAGGCCGUCUGCCCCGCCACCGUCUCCUGCGCCGACGUCCUCGCCAUCGCCGCGCGCGACAGCGUCAACCUGCUCGGCGGGCCGAGCUGGGCGGUGCCGCUCGGCCGCCGCGACGCGCUGUCGCCGAGUCGGAGCGCGGUGUCGACCGACCUCCCGGGCCCCGAGGCCGACAUCUCCGCGCUCGUCUCCGCCUUCGCCGCCAAGGGCCUGAGCUCGCGCGACCUCGCCGCGCUGUCCGGCGCGCACACCGUCGGCCGCGCCAGCUGCGUCAACUUCCGCACCCGCGUCUACUGCGACGCCAACGUGAGCCCGGCGUUCGCGUCGCACCAGCGGCAGUCCUGCCCGGCGUCCGGCGGCGACGCCGCGCUGGCGCCGCUGGACUCCCUGACCCCCGACGCGUUCGACAACGGCUACUACCGCAACCUCGUCGCCGGCGCCGGGCUGCUGCACUCCGACCAGGAGCUGUUCAACAACGGGCCGGUGGACUCGGUGGUGCAGCUGUACAGCUCCAACGCCGCCGCCUUCUCGUCGGACUUCGCCGCGUCCAUGAUCAGGCUCGGGAACAUCGGCCCGUUGACCGGGUCAACCGGCGAGGUCAGGCUCAACUGCAGGAAAGUGAAUUCCUGAUCGAUACUACUAGAUAGCAUUGCCGCGCGCAAAUUGUUCAUAGUACAAAGUUUAAAGUUAUAUAAUCAGCUGUCAAUUUCAUGUAUUAAGUGAAUUAUGACAUAAGAAUGCAAUAGAAAUGUCCCAAUUUUAGACAUCAAUCACUAGUGGAUAAUUCUUCCGUUUGUUCAAUUAAUUAAACCUUGCUUAAUUCAGCUACCAUGUAACUAUUGCGACGGCUAUGAUUUUUGCAAUGAACACAAGAACUUUA